ACUAAAAGGUAGAAGAAGAAUAGUCAUUAUGGGUGAUUUGGAUGAGCGGCUGUGUGAGGCGGUGCGAAGGAACCCGCACAUAUAUAACGCGUCUUUGAAAGAGCACAGGGAUAUUUUCCUGUGCGGGAAUUCAUGGAAGCAAAUUGCCCAAACAUUGGGUAAAGAUGAAAGUUACUGUAGGGUGAGGUGGAAAUAUCUGAGAGACAGAUAUGUGAAAGCAAAACGGAAAACCGCUGGAAGGAGAGGCAACAAAAGCUCACCUAUCCUAGCCAUGCUGAGCUGGCUUUCAAGUUACGUUAGUCACAGGGAUUCGGACUCCAACGUGGCCAGUGAUAUGAUGGAGGGCAGCAGUGAAGCUGUGACACAAGCAGGCCCGCCGCGGAAAAAUCCCAGGGCCGCUACGAAAUUAUUUCAGCUGGGCCCCCACGACGUGCAACCCCUCCCCCCUGGGCCUCCACCUGGGUCAGGUCCCGGAACAACUUCCCCAGUUGUCCCCCGGAAACGGCAGCCCCAAACACUGGAGUCGGAGUGCCUCACCUCGGGACCCUCUGUCACUGACAUGGAGCAGGAGACGUUUUCAGAAAAUCUAUGCCUGCCACCACGAUCCCCAUCUCCAUCGGAAAUGUCAGACCAGAGCUCACUUGAAUCUCCAUUUCACCACUGCCAGAGAUCAGGAAAAAGGAAAGAAUGUCAAACGUCUUUGACUGAAGCAGUGAUGUUGCGUCUGCAGAAAAUCGAUGAAGAAGGUGGCUGUGAGGAGCUGUCCUUUGGGCGAUACAUCGGUCAGACACUUCUAAAAAUGGACCAAAAAACAAGAUCCUGUGUGAAAUUUGAAAUCAGUCGGGUGCUGCAUAAGUGGGAGAUGGAGCCACACCGUGACGAAGUUGUCUGACACCUGCUGAAUUGGACACAAUGCAUAUGAGUAAAUCUAGUGAACUCUAAUUUUUACAAUUAUUUUGUAGAUGGGCUCAAAUUAUACAAUUCAUAGGGGUGCACCAUAUUGGGUGGAAAACAGCUUUGUGAUAUUUCACAUUUUUAUCGUGACUAUUGCAAUAUUUAUUACAAAAAAUGAAAGUGUACCCAAAAUAACACACAGCCGAAUAGAACCUGUAUUGUCUGCCAAUAGAAUUUCUCGGAUAAUUUGUUGUAGUGAGCUGUGCUGCUGCAAAGCAGUGCCAACAAAUCCCUUGUUUUCACUACAUAUCUAUGGAAUCCAAUAUAUUUUCAUACAAUGGU